UAAAAUUGGAAUAAAAGACAAAAACAUGAUUGAUUGAGAUACCAGAAGGACCUAAUUCGGACUUUUAACCACACUGAAUCCAAAAUUAAUAAAAGAAAGUUAAAAUGUUUUGAAAUAAUCGGAUAAGUUGGGUCUGCCAUGAUUGGGACUGGCCGGCAUUGGCUCUGGCCCGUAGCUAACCUAGGCAAUCCGUCAUCAACCUAUAAAUUCGAAGCGUAAUCGCAUCGUAUUUACCGGCUAAAAGUUGCACUGGGAAAAUGCUGACGUUUUUCUUCAUUUCCUUGUUUCUUUUUCUUCUUCUCUCCGUUCUUUUCAAGUUUGCCAUUUCUGAUGGAGAUUUUACUUUACUCUCAAAAAGGCAUGUAAAGCGUGAAGAGAUUGAAGAUAAGGUUGUUUGGAUUACUGGAGCCAGCCGUGGGAUAGGAGAAAUUCUUGCUAAACAAUUGGCAAGUUUAGGGGCCAAGCUAAUUCUUUCAGCACGAAAUGAGGCUGAAUUGGAGCGAGUUAGGAAACAACUUACUGGUAAAUAUGCACCUGAACAAGUGAAAAUUUUGCCCCUUGAUUUGACAUCUGGAGAAGAUUCACUCAAGGAAGUUGUAGAGAAAGCAGAAUCCUUGUUUGCUGGUGUUGGUGUUGACUAUAUGAUCCAUAAUGCAGCUUAUGAGCGUCCUAAAACAACAGCUUUGGAUGUAACAGAGGAAAGUCUUAAGGCUACAUUCAAUGUCAAUGUAUUUGGAACAAUAUGUCUCACACGGCUACUGACACCUUUUAUGCUGAGGAGAGGAAGAGGUCACUUUGUUGUGAUGAGCAGUGCUGCUGGAAAGACACCUGCACCUGGUCAGGCAGUGUACUCUGCUUCUAAAUAUGCUUUAAAUGGAUACUUUCAUACCUUGCGUUCUGAGCUUUGUCAGAAAGGUAUCAAGGUUACUGUUGUUUGUCCGGGGCCAAUAGAAACAUCAAAUGGUUCUGGAGCAACAACUUCUGGAGCAAAGGUUUCCUCUGAGAAGCGUGUGUCAGCAGAAAGGUGUGCGGAACUCACAAUAAUUGCUGCCUCUCAUGGUUUAAAGGAAGUUUGGAUAUCAUACCAGCCUGUACUCGCAGUAAUGUAUCUGGUGCAGUACAUGCCCACAAUUGGCUAUUGGCUUAUGGACAAGGUUGGAGGGCGUCGUGUAGAAGCUGCUGAACAGAAACGCAACACCUACUCGUUGAGCUUACUUUUUGGGGAAAAGAAGACAGCCUGAAUAUCUUAAUCAUUUUUCUCAUGCUAAGGCUACUUGGGUUAUAGGAUGUGAAGAACAUCCGAGUCUCUGUUGCGGACCUGAUCGAGAUAUGUAUUAUGUUACCAUUCUAACAUAAUAAUACUGCUGGGAUUGCAUAAUCAUCUGUCUUUACCUUUGUUGUUCUUUGCCAAGUCAAGAAUGCAGUUUACUGGUUUUCUGUUCUUUUUAUCCUUUCAAAAGCCUUUUUAAGGGCUGAAGCUAAGGUCCCAAGUUUCGGUAACGUUUGUUUUUUAUUGUCUUUUUUGUUUUUGUUUUUUAUUUUUU